AUGGUUAGUCAAGAAGAAUUUAAGUCGAUCCUCCAGGCGAGUUGUCGUUUUUUGAAUCAAAAUGAUUUGACCAGUCUGGCUCUGACGUCGAAAAGCGUUUGUCACUCAAUAGCGGUCCAACAGCUGUAUCACAGCAUCAGCAUUACAAGAGACCCCGUAAUCCGAAGUAAUGAGUGCCUUUUGGAUGCCGGUAGAACCUAUGUAAGUGGAUAUAGAGCUUUGAAGAAGACCGAUGAUCAAAACGAUUUGUUCCUGUAUGACAGAAUUGAAAGAUUAAUGGAAUCUAGCAAGUUACAACAUGUUAAGGAGAUUGACAUCCAAGAUUCUUUAUUUUCAGAUGAAGAAUGUGGUAAUCUCUUGAUUCGAAAGUUCCUAGAUAGGGUCAUUGAACUUGACAAAAUCGAGUCAAUAGAUAUACGAAAUGACCAUUUAUUUUUGGAGCACUAUCCAAAUAUACUAGGCUUGACCAACCUGAAGAAAAUCAAAAUUGUUGAUACCGAUGCAUUAAGCAAGAUAAGAAGCUUUUCCAAGCUUAAAAAAAUUGAAUGGAUAGUCGAACAGCCUCGAUUGACGAAACAACUUCUUACUCCACAUGUGGUAGAUUUUUUCAACAAACGAAUUGAAGCUUGUGAGUUCAUUGUUGAUAAUAUCAAUAGUUCAAGCUUUCAGAUAAUCCAAUUUUUCUAUGAAAAUGGCAUACAAUGUGAAAAUCUGAGAUCCUUGAAAUUCAAUCACCUUUACGGGAUUAAUGUCCACAGUGAACACCAUAAAGAUGCAUCUUUGAAAUGGCUAAAAGAUGUCGUAUGUUUGGAAAAACUGAAAACACUUGAACUAGGUAUUUCAAGUGAGAACAUUGAUCACGAUUUAAUAGACGAUUUCCUUGAAGAGCUAGCACCUCAUUUGAAGUCCUUACGGAACCUUGCACUGAUAGAGACAACACCAGAACAAAAUUCAGAUUGCACUUUAAAGGAAGUUUGGGAUCUGACAAUUAAUAGAUUUAUUUUGAGGAUCCCCGAUAUAGGUCUGAAUUUACACACCUUAAGCAUAAGUCAUAAGACGCCAUUGAACGGACUUUGCUCUAGUGCAGUUCAAGGAAACUAUACAAGAAGAAGAGUCUUAUACGAAACGGUAUUGCCAAAGCUGACCUCCUUACGAAACCUGAUUGCGCCGAACAUGCUGCAAUCUCUUAGUGUGUAUGAGGUACUUGCAUGUGACAUAUUGUGGAAUGGCUGCGAAUGCAGCUACUGCAAGAAAGUUUUACCCGUCUUUGACGAAUAUAUCAUGAAUCACCAAUAUUACUCCAGAUACAACGGCAGAUAUAUGGAUAUAAUACCAACCGUAUUUUUCUCCUACGCAGGAGAUUAUUUAUCGAGGAGAUUUAACAAUCGUGUUGAAUGGGAUACAAAGGUAUUUGACACGGCCCCCUUAUAUCGUUGUUGGAAUUUUCGUGGAUAUGAGCAAAUACACCACUUUGAUAAUUACGAAGAUCUUUUCGAUGAAUCGGCAUUUGGGCCUUUGUGCAAGGUCAUUUCACACUUCUUUAACGGCUAUAUGGAUUACCUAGUCAAAUUCUUACCGAACCUAGAAAUGGCAAUGUUUUCAGGGAUCUAUUACACCAUAGAUAAGGAGGCAAAUACCUAUGAAUGUAUAUACGAUUGA